AUGGGUCCCACAGGAGAUCAAACUCAUGUGUCGACCCGUGUUAUGGGUACCUUCAGUUAUGCCUCUCCAGAGUAUGUCAUGACCGGUCACCUGACGGCGAAAAGUGACGUUUAUGGCUUUGUGGUUGUCUUGCUUGAGAUGCUGAUCGGGCGGCGGGCCAUGGACAAGAGUCGGCCCAGCCGUGAGCACAACCUCAUCGAGUGGGCCCGGCCGCUCCUCAACCACACCAAGAAGCUCCUCAGGAUACUCGACCCAAGAAUCCAGGGCCAAUACUCGACAAAAGUCCUCAUGAAAGUGGCGAAUUUAGCCUACCAAUGCCUCAGCCAGAACCCGAAAGGAAGGCCCAACAUGAGCCAAGUCAUCGAGAUACUCGAGCCCUUGGUGGCCCACGAGCUGAGGUUGGAAGACGUGGGACCACCCAACGGAGGUUGGUGCGUGACGCUUUACGAGGUCCCGAAGAGUGUCGAGAAUAAUACAAGUAAUAAUAAUAAACAGGGGAAUGGAAGGAGCAAAAGCGAGCCUCCAAAGGAGUGUGAAAUUUACGAGCCUUCUUUAGAGGUUUCAAAGGUCGAGAGAUCAAUGUCCGAUGUAUGUUUUGAGUGA